AUGUCGAACCUCGGAAACUACAUCGAGAAGAAGGUUGUGGUGCUGACCCUUGAUUCGCGCAUGCUUGUCGGCAAGCUCGAGAGCUUCGACCAGCUGACUAACCUGGUCCUGUCCAAUACUCUGGAGCGCGUGAUCCGUACCCCCGAUGACCCUGAAGACUCCGAGACGGUGCCGUUGGGCCUGUACAUUGUCAGAGGUGACAAUGUCUGCCUCGUGGGCCUAGUGGAUGAAUCCAUUGAGAACGAGAUCGACUGGUCGAAAGUACGAGGCGCAACCAUUGGCACGACGAAACACAGCUAG